AUGACUUUAAUUGAAAUGAAUCAACCUAGAAAAGAUAUUAAAAUGAGAGAAUAAGCUAAAUAGAUUAAUAGUAACCUAUAUACAGAUUUUUUGGAUUAUUCAAAUAUAGAACUAACAUAAAAUCCAUAAAAUGCAUUUGUAUUAAUUCCAAAAAGUAAAUGAAAUCAAUAAUUUCAAAAGGCUAUGCAUUAAAUGAAGAGAAGAAAUAUCAAGAAGCAAUCUAGUAAUGUGAUAAAAAUUUGAUAGAAGAACCUUAACAUCUACAUGCAUUAUAUAGAAAAAGAUAUCAUAUAUUAUGUACAACAGGCUUUACUUUAUAAGAUUUGAAUUAACAUUAAUAAUCAAUUUAGUGCAUUGAAAAAGCAUCAAAUUCUGAUUUAAAAUAUUCUAUUGGUUAUAUGAUGUAGGGUACUUUACUAGUUUUAUAUUUUAAGGGUAUUCAUUAUAAAGUCUUGGUAAAUAAAAAGAUGCAAUUGAUUGCUAUGAUAAAGCAAUCUAACUGGAUCCUAAUUAUGCAUCAGCCUAUUUCAAUAAAGGUUAAUCAAUUUUUUGAUUUUAAUAGGUUAUUUACUAACUUAAUUGAAGAAGUAUUAAUAAGCCAAAGAUAUUUAUGAGCAAACAGUUUUGUAUUGCAAAUUAGAAUAAAAUUAGUGA